UAAUGGACUCAUAAGCCGAAACCGAUACCAAAAAUCCCAACUUUCUUGGACAACUUUCCCAAACCAUCUCUUCCUUUCGCCAUAAUGAUUCCCCCACGCGCGCAAUCCACUUCCUUUAAUCCCUAUAUAUACUGCGUCGCUUCCGGCGCCAAAUUCGUCGCUCAUUCUACCAGUCACUCGCCUCUCUCACUCGUCCGCCUAAUACCCCUUCGACAUUCGUCCUGUUCUUAGCUUUCUUUCGCCAUUUUCUUUCAAUUUGGAAGCGAUAAAGACCCUCCAAUCUUUUCGGGGGGUUUCUUGCUGUUCUUAUCGACGCCUUUGAAUUGGGCGUACGACCCAAGAAGGCAUCGAUGGCUUCUCAGGUGUUGGUAGCUCUUGCACUUUCGCUUGUUGGUGGAUUCAGUACUUCUCUAGGUGCACUUUUGGUGAUUCUUAGCGGUGCCCCAAAUCUGAAGAUGCUCGGUCUCUUACAGGGCUUUGCUGCUGGUUUAAUGCUGAGCAUUUCGUUCCUGGAUUUAGCUCAUAAUGCUAUUAAUUCAAUUGGGUUCUUGAAAGGAAAUCUUUGGUUUUUUGCAGGUGUGAUCUCGUUUGCUUUUGUUACUCAUUUUGUCCCAGAACCCACACUUGCUCCUGGUUCAGAUAUCAAAAGAAACAAGGACGAGGAUGAUGGGGGAAAGGAUGUUAUGAAAAAGCAUCGUCGUCAGGUUCUAUUCAGUGGCAUAAUAACAGCAAUAGGCAUAAGCUUACAUAACUUUCCAGAAGGAAUGGCUGUUUUUCUUGGAUCGAUUAAGGGUCUUCGUGUUGGUCUGAACUUAGCCUUAGCCAUUGCCUUGCACAAUAUACCAGAGGGUGUAGCUGUUGCGCUUCCUGUUUAUUUUGCUACACAGAGCAAAUGGCAGGCAUUCAAGUUGGCUACUCUCUCUGGCUUUGCUGAGCCCCUUGGUGUUAUAAUUGUAGCCUACUUGUUUCCAAGCAGCUUGAGUCCUGAAAUUCUUGAAGGUCUACUAGGAUCUGUUGGUGGAGUAAUGGCGUUCCUAACUCUGCAUGAAAUGUUGCCUUUGGCAUUUGAUUAUGCUGGACCGAAGCAAGCCGUGAAGGUCGUCUUCUUAGGAAUGGCCUGUAUGUCCGCAAGCCUUUAUUUUCUGGAAAUGAGCCUGCCGAAGGAUUUGAGCUUAUAGUAUAGCUUGUGUUCCCUGUCAUUUCAUUGUUGUAAAUGACAAAUAUGAACUCUUUAGCUCAUCAGAAAGUGAAAAAUGAAUAUGCGUGUUGAGUAAAAUGAGUGUUGAUUCUGGUAUGAAUGGCCC